CCUUUUCUUGGUCUUCAAACAAUGAGGAAGUCCGAGGAGGAUUAAGUUCUGUCCAAGAAAGUGGGAAGUUUUGCGUGAACAAAAUAUCUGAAUCCCCCGUUGUAUUUAUACAUAAGACUAGACUAAAUAAGCCUUAUCCCUACUCUUUGUUUUCUCCCAUUUAAUCUUAUGCAUAGAUUGACUAUACUUUACCUGGAAUCAACCUUCUCAAAUGGCUUCCUCCUUUUCCGCUUCAGCUAGCAUCCCCACAAGAAAAUAUGAUGUCUUUAUCAGUUUCAGAGGGGUGGACACUCGUGAUAAUUUUACCAGCCACCUAUAUGCUGCUUUGUGUAGAAAAAAAGUCCUGACCUUCGUAGACAACAACCUCAGGAGAGGAGAAGAGAUUUGUUCAUCACUCUUGAAAGCAAUUGAAGAAUCCAAGCUUUCUGUGAUUGUUUUCUCUGAAAACUAUGCAUCCUCCGAGUGGUGCUUGGACGAGCUUGUAAAGAUCCUGGAAUGCAAGGAAAUGUAUGGACAGACGGUUAUACCGGUGUUCUACCAGGUCAAUCCAUCUCAUGUAAGAAAUCAAACUGAAACUGUUGGGGAUUCAGUCGGUGAACAUGAACUAGUAACAGAAAAGAUGGAAAGGGUGAAGAGAUGGAGAGCUGCCUUGAAGGAAGUGGCUGCUCUAACUGGGUGGGAUUCGCGGAACAUUAGAUCAGAGUCUGAACUUAUUGAGGCGAUUGCUGGAGAUAUCUUGAACAAGUUGUAUAAAAUGUCUCCUGGUCACUCUAUGAAUCUGGUUGGCAUUGAGGAACACAUCAAGAGAACUGAAUCUUUGUUGUGCAUGGAAUCACAAGAGGUUCGGAUCAUAGGAAUAUGGGGAAUGGGUGGUAUAGGCAAGACCACCAUUGCAAGAGCUGUAUUUGAUCGAAUCUGUAAUCAAUUCGAAGGAUUCCACUUUCUUGCAAAUGUCAGGGAAAACCUAAGAAGGUAUACUGCAGUUGAUUUACGAAACAAACUUCUUUCUAAAAUAUUAGAUGAAGAUAAUCUACUUGAGCAGCCUCCAAGUUUGGCAGUUGCUUUUACAAAGGAUUGUCUCCGCCGCAAAAAGGUUCAUAUUGUCCUGGAUGAUGUGGAUAACUCCAGGCAAUUGCAGGAGUUGUCACUUGGGGUGCAUGAUUUGUUUGGUCCAGGAAGCAAAAUCCUUGUAACAAGCAGGGAUAAGCAAGUGCUUAUAAAGAAUGGAGUUGAUGCCAUAUAUAAGGUGCAAGGACUGAACAACCAUGACGCCCUUCGACUCCUGAGUUUGAAUGCCUUCAAGAAGAACUGUCCCAAGAGGGAUCACAUAGAGUUGCUAGAGAGGAUGGUAGAUUAUGCAAAAGGUAAUCCGUUGGCUCUGAUAGUCUUGGGUUCCUCUCUUUAUGAUAGAAGCAAAGAGAAAUGGUACAGUGCAUUGAAUAAGUUGGGGAAAGUUCCAAACCCUGAAAUUCAAAGGGUGUUGAGGAUUAGUUACGAUGGAUUAGAUGGGGAACAGCAGCAAAUAUUUCUUGAUAUUGCAUUCUUUUUCAAUGGCGCAGAAUGGAACCAUGCUGUGAAAGUUUUAGACAGUUGUUAUUCCUCUCUGCAGUUUGACUUAAGCAUUCUUAUUGACAAGUCUCUAAUCACCAUUUCUCAGAACACACUAGAGAUGCAUGAUAUACUACAAGAAAUGGCUUAUAGCAUCGUUCAUGAAGAAUCUAAGAAUCCUGGAAAACGCAGCAGGUUGUGUGAUCAUGAAGAUAUCUAUCACGUACUGAAGAAAAAGAAGGGAACUGAAGCAGUUGAAGGCAUUUGUUUGGAUAUAUCUAAAAUGCCGGAGAUGCACUUGGAAUCCGACACAUUUGCAAGGAUGAAUAGUCUCAGGUUUCUUAAAUUCUACCAUCCCUUUUACAUUAUGGACUCCAAAGACAAAGUGCACCUUCCUCUGAGUGGCCUCAAAUAUCUCUCUGAUGAACUGAGAUAUCUCCACUGGCAUAGAUUCCCUGCAAAAUCUUUGCCACAAAAUUUUUGUGCCGAAAACGUUGUUGACCUUACACUACAUUCUAGCAGAGUUGAGCAACUUUGGACCGGGGUACAGGAUCUUCUGAAUUUAAGAUGGAUUGACCUCAGUAGGUCGACAUAUUUGUUAGAAAUUCCAGAUCUGUCGAGGGCCAAAAAUUUGGAGUAUAUAGAUCUUAGUUUCUGUGAGAGUUUGCUCGAGGUGCACUCAUCCAUUCAACAUCUUGAAAAGCUGGAAAUCCUCAUUCUUAGUGGUUGUAAGAAUCUAGCGAUUGUUCCAAAAAGGAUUGAAUCGAAGUUUCUGAGAAUUCUUGAUCUAUCACACUGCAAAAAUGUCAGAAAAUGCCCUGAAAUUUCAGGAUAUUUGGAAGAAUUGAUGUUACAAGGGACUGCAAUAGAAGAACUUCCCCAAUCGAUUAGCAAAGUGAAAGAGAUAAGAAUUCUUGAUCUAUCAGGCUGCUCAAAUAUCACCAAGUUUCCCCGGAUAUCAGGAAAUAUAAAGCAGUUAAGGUUGCUUUGGACAGUUAUAGAAGAGGUUCCCUCAUCGAUCGAGUUUCUGUCAACUCUCGGUGUAUUGGAGAUGAAUUUCUGUGAACAGCUUUCUAGUCUCCCAACCUGCAUCUGUAAAUUGAAGUGCCUUGAACGACUUGAGCUAAGCUACUGCCCAAAACUUGAGAGCUUCCCAGAAAUCUUGGAGCCAAUGGAAUCUUUGAAAUGUCUUGAUUUGAGUGGAACGGCUAUUAAAGAGCUGCCCUCAUCCAUUAAAUUUUUAAGCUGCCUUUACAUGCUGCAACUCAAUAGAUGCGAUAACCUUGUCAGCCUUCCAAGUUUCAUUGAAAAACUUCCUGUGCUGAAAUAUCUCAAAUUGAAUUAUUGCAGAAGUCUUCUUUCUCUACCAGAGCUUCCACCGUCACUAGAAUUCUUGGAGGCAGUUGGUUGUGAAUCACUGGAAACCUUAUCAAUCGGCAAAGAAAGCAAUUUCUGGCACUUGAAUUUUGCAAAUUGCUUCAAAUUGUAUCAGAAGCCACUCUUGGCAGAUACACAAUUGAAAAUUCAGUCUGGAAAGAUGAGACGCGAAGUCACGAUUAUUUUACCAGGGAGUGAAAUUCCAGGAUGGUUCUGUGAUCAAAGUAUGGGAUCUUCGGUGGCCAUAAAGUUGCCCACAAAUUGUCAUCAACACAAUGGUUUUGCCUUCGGCAUGGUAUUUGUAUUCCCAGAUCCUCCAACAGAAUUGCAAUGCAACAGGAUAUUUAUAUGUGAAUGCCAUGCUAGAGGUGAAAAUGAUGAAUAUCAUGAUGUCAUUUUCAAUUUGAGUACUUGUGCUUAUGAACUCCGAACAGUUGAGUCAGAUCAAAUGUUACUCUUGUACAAUCCCUGCGAGUUCGUAAAACGAGAUUGCAUCAGCCAAUAUUCUGGAAAAGAAAUUUCAUUUGAAUUUUACCUGGAUGAGCCGUCAGGGAUUCAGAAUCGUUGCAAGGUGAAAAGGUGUGGAGUUUACCUCCUGGAUGAGUGAUUUCCACCCAGCAGUGAGUUUUUUGUGUUUUCGUAAUGAAUAAUUCAAGAUUUUUGG